UCGUAAAAAGUCAACACAGGGUGCUCCUUAACAAAAACUCACAUGUGAAUUGCAUGAAAAUUCUGGAUUAACAUAUUAUUUAGUGAAAAAAUUUAACAAAAAAAUUGUAUUCUAGUGAAAAUUAAAUAAAAAAUGUCAUUUACUUCACGUCUCUGCCGUGUUAUAAAUUCUACUGCACACGUGCAACGUUAUGCAACGCGCAACUUCAUUGGCAGCUCACAGGCGGCAUGGUCAUUGCGCUGGAACAAAAAUCUAGGCAGAAAUGUCCAUCAAUUUGCACGUUACAUGAGUACGGAGUCCACAGCAUCCGCGACAGCUGAUGAUAAAGGUGGUUUCCACACUAUUAUCAGACAAACUGAAAAGCCGGUCGGCGAAGCUGAUAAGCAUGAAUUUCAAGCUGAGACACGUAUGUUGCUGGAUAUUGUGGCACGUUCAUUAUAUUCCGAGAAUGAAGUAUUUGUGCGGGAAUUGAUUUCGAACGCUAGUGAUGCUUUGGAGAAAUUCCGUUACACUGUACAUACCGCUGGUGAAAACGAGAAGAAUUUUGAUGGCGCAGAUCGGCCAUUAGAAAUCCAUAUUGCUACUGAUAAACAGUCAAUGCAAUUAACGAUACAGGACACCGGCAUUGGCAUGACGCGCGAGGAACUUAUCAAUAAUCUUGGCAUGAUUGCACGUAGUGGCUCCAAAAAAUUCUUAGAACAGGUAAAGGAAGCCGGUGGUGGUGCCGAAAACUCUUCGAAUAUUAUUGGACAAUUCGGUGUUGGCUUCUAUUCCGCUUUUAUGGUAGCUGAUAAGGUGGAAGUAUUCACAAAGUCUUCGACUGUCGAUUCACAAGGACUACGCUGGGCGUCUGAUGGAUCUGGUUCAUAUGAAAUUCAGGAAGCUGAUGGUGUAGCACAUGGCACUAAAAUCGUUAUACAUUUAAAACCAGAAUGUAGAGAAUAUGCAGAUGAGGAUCGCAUUAGAGCGGUGAUCAAGAAAUAUAGUAACUUUGUUGGUUCACCAAUAUUUUUGAAUGGGCAACGUGCUAACGAUAUUCAGCCCUUAUGGUUAAUGGAACCGAAAGAUGUGUCACAAGAACAGCAUAAUGAGUUCUAUAGAUUCAUUGCCAACACUUUUGAUACACCACGUUUCGUUUUGCAUUACAAGACUGAUGUACCACUCAGCAUUCGCGCUUUACUCUACUUCCCAGAAGGUAAACCCGGGUUAUUCGAUAUGACACGUGAUGCUAAUGUGGGUGUAGCACUUUAUACACGCAAAGUCUUGAUACAAUCUAAGACAGAAAACCUGGUGCCCAAAUGGCUGCGAUUUAUUAAAGGCGUUGUGGACUCCGAAGAUAUACCACUUAAUUUAAGCCGUGAACUGCUACAGAAUAGCGCUUUAAUCAAAAAACUGUCAAAUGUGCUAGCUAGUCGUGUAUUGCGCUUCUUGCAGGAACGUGCAAACAAGCAACCUGAAGAGUAUGCCGCCUUCUAUAAGGAUUACGGUCUAUUCCUCAAGGAAGGCAUUAUCACCUCACACGAUCAGAAUGAAAAGGAAAGCAUUGCCAAACUUUUGCGUUUCGAUUCUUCCAAGAAUGCCGAUGGCAAUCGCAUAUCACUUUCAGAUUAUAGCACAAAUGUUGGCGAACAAAAGGAUAUCUUCUAUUUAGCAGCGCCAAAUCGCGUGCUCGCUGAAUCGUCUCCUUACUAUGAAAGCUUGAAGAAACGCGGUGUUGAAGUGUUAUUCUGUUACGAACCCUAUGAUGAGCUUGUGCUCAUGCAAUUGGGUACAUUCCAAGGCAAAAAACUAGUUUCCGUUGAAAAAGAAAUGCGUGAGAAUGACGGCGCUGAAAAGGUCACCGACUAUGGUGAAGGCAGUUUGCUGCACACGCAGAUCGAGGAACUCUUACCUUGGAUACGCGACAAACUAAAAGGCAAAGUGGCGAAUGUUAAGGUGACUACGCGUCUUGAUUCACAUCCUUGUGUGAUUACAGUGGAAGAAAUGGCGGCUGCGCGACAUUUCAUACGCACACAAAGUCAUGAAUUGCCUGAGGAGAAUCGUUUUGCUUUACUGCAGCCACAAUUAGAGAUCAAUCCUAAACAUGAAAUUAUCAAGAAAUUAAACAAGUUGCGCACAAGUGAUCCUGAGCUUGCAGACUUGGUAACGCAACAACUCUUUGCGAAUGCUAUGGUAGGCGCUGGACUCGCUGAGGACCCACGUACGCUUCUGCUCACAAUGAAUGAUUUGUUGACAAAAGCUUUGGAGAAGCAUUAGAAAAAUUUGCCUUAAAAUUACUUAGAUUUAUGUAUAUUUUUUAAAUUGAACAAAAUUAGCUGCUAUUCCGUGUGUGAAUGUACAAAAAAAAAAUUAAAUUGUUAACUUAAUGCUACAAAUUAUUUUAAUUGUAAAAUAAAUGUUAUAAAAAAAGA